CCUCCCUUUCCAUGAUAUUUAAGUCACGAUCAGUCGCGAUGUUGCGCGAUGUCCAUGUCUCGUUACGUGUCUCCUAUGCCGCAGUAUUGAUGAUUUCCAUUUUAGGAAAUCCUGCCGUUUAUCCCUAGCAUGAUCACGAAACAGCCAAAAUCGGGUUUCGUACAGACGCUCAAGAAGGGUGGCAAGGCAUUACUUAUAUUUGAGGGCGCACUAUUACUCGGAUCGUACGGAAUUUGGCGUUGUAUGAAUACCUCACAAGAUUUCAGAUAUCGUAUGCAUCAACAUUUCCCAAGCAUAUUGGAGACUUACUACGUUGUUGGGGAAACACUAUCUGGCAACAAUCAAUUAAGGACAUUCGAUUACACCACCUGGUCAGAGGAACGCAAUGAGCAUUAGAUCUUCAUGGCAGCAGCAUUCUUAAAAACUGUAAUAGGGACAGCUAUCGGUGGAGGUAUAGGAUAUGUCCUCUUUCAAAUGGUUACACCUGAUGAAGAAGAACUUAUAAAGCAUCUUCCACCACAUUCAUCAGAGAAACACGAGUUCUAUAAAUUGUACAAAAAGCAACCUAAAAUAUAUAUGAAUCAGGAACAUCUAAGGAGCUUAGAGACUCAAGACGGCACAAACAUCGAAAAAUAGCAUUUGUACAUCAGCAUGGAUCCCACGGAGCUCAUAGAGGGCAGUUUGCCAGACCGUAUCAUAAAAAGGGAUCGCGAACGGAAGAAUGUCAUUGAGAAACGAAGAGAGGAACGACAAUCGCUCGCCGUAGAGUCCGAGCAAAGCGGUUACUUUAAGGAGACGUUUUAUGCCUCGUGCAAGAAAAUCAAGGACAUGUUGGACGAUGCGCCUAGCACCUCGUCCUCGGCCUUGCCAGGAAUCUUCGAGAAGACCAACAAAGAGAUCCAAUUACUCAAGAACUAUUUACUGCAAUCCAAGAUGUUUCUGAAGGUUUACGACAUAAGGCGCGCCCAGGAGAAUUUGCAGCUGCUGGAGAAUCAAGCCUCCGAACUGGAGAUGAAACUCUUGCCUAAAAAAAAGUUUGGAUUUAAAAAUCGUAGAAUUUUAAAGAAACCGUCCGACAAGGGACACGACAUCACGGACGGCCUCAAGGAUCUCAAGAUAUCAGAAGGCAUCGUGAACGUGAACGGCACGACCAAGCAGAACAAGUCGUCGAGCAAGUACGGAGACAGCGCUUGCAUGCUCCUAGGCAAGAUCGACGAGCAACUAAUUUUAGACGCCGAGAAUGUAAAUAAGAAUGACAUCCUGCUGUCUGAUCUAGUUCACUGUACUGUACGGAUAUACGGCACGCCCAGCACCCUGCAUAUGGUGAAUCUGAAGAAGUGCACCGUAUUAGUCGGACCAGUAACGUCCUCGGUUUUCGCGCACAAUUGCGACGAAUGCGUGUUCGCGUUCGCGUGUCAGCAGUUGCGACUACACUCGUCGACGGACUGUACCAUUUACUUGCACGUCACUAGCAGGGCGAUUAUCGAAGAUUGUACAAAGAUCCGCGUGGCGCCCUACAACUGGUCCUACGAGGAUCAGACGAGUCACUUUAAUUUAGCCGGCCUCGACCCGAAGGUCAACAACUGGAACUGUAUCGACGAUUUUAAUUGGCUGUCUAGCGAGAAACAAUCGCCAAACUGGUCUAUCCUCGAGCCAGAACUUCGAGUGAAAACGUGGGAUUAAACGAGUAUCAGCAGCUGUAACAGUUGGAUUUUUUUUUUUAAUCAGAAACCCAAUUCUUCUUUCCCUAUACGUCCAAGUGUUGAUUCUUUCAGUAAAUAAAAUAUCCAUCUGUAUGCUGUGCUUUUUCACGCAAGAUGCAAAUUGUGUGUUUUAUAUACUUACGGUAUGUCGAAUAAAAUUACUCUUUGUGCAAUACACGCAAUUAUAUUUUAUCUCGUAUGUACAUUAAAUCUUUUCUUUUUUAAUUCUAAAUUAAAUUAACAUUAAAUUC